ACGCAGUCGGACGCUGGAAAGCAAACAUGAAUGUACUGGAGGUUUUGGUGCCUCUUCUCAAACUUUACUUCUGUGGAAUCAGAGUUCUCAUCUACCAGAUGUUCCACAGAUCUUUUACAUUACCAGAGUCUGAUGAUGAUGUUCUUAUUAUGCUCAGUUUUACAAAAACAGAAUGGAAGAGUUGGUAUUGUUACUGGUGGUACAAGAGGAAUGGGUUAUGAAACUGCAAGACAUCUGGCAAGACUUGGCAUGCAUGUCAUAAUUGCUGGCAAUGAGAAAGAGGAGGGCUUAGCUGCUGCAAGGACGAUUCAGAGAGAAUGCAAAGAGGGGAAAGCUGAGUUUCUCUUUCUGGAUCUGACUUCACUGAAAUCCGUGCGGCAAUUUGUUGAAGCAUUCAAAGGCAGAGGUCUUCCCCUCCAUGUGCUUGUUAACAAUGCUGGGACCAUGCUGGUACCUGAGAGAACGACCGAAGAUGGCUUUGAGUUCCACUUUUCUCUAAACUACCUCGGCCACUUUUUACUGACCAAUCUGCUGCUUGACAUACUGAAGAAAUCAGGGAGACAAGGCUUUUGUUCCCGUAUCAUCAACAUGUCCUCCGCAACACACUACGCUGGGGUUAUAUACAUGGAUGAUCUCAACAGAAGGGCAAGUUACAGUUCCCACGGUGCCUAUGCUCAAAGCAAACUAGCUUUAGUUCUUUUCACCUACUACCUGCAAGAUCAGAUGACAGCCCAAGGUUUCCCAGUGAUGGUCAAUGCUGUGGAUCCGGGCAUGGUGGACACGGCACUGUAUGACAACCUAUGGAGCCUUGCAAAAGCACUCAAAAAGCCAUUUGCCAAGACUUUGUUCAGGACUCCAUCAGAAGGUGCCUCCAUAAUCAUGUAUGCUGCAGCUGCUUCUGAGAUGGAAGGAGUGGGUGGCUGCUACCUCUACAAUGGAGAGAAGAGGCAAUCGGCCGAAGACUCUUAUGACUGUGAGCUUCAAGUAAACUUGUGGAAGAAGAGCUGUGAGCUUGUAGGGCUUCACACGGCUUGAGAAACCAGGUUAUCCACUCAAACAGGGACCAAGAGAGCCACAUUAGACUGGAAUCAAGGAAAAUAAAGCAGAUACCAGUUUUUCCCACUGCCAACAAUUAACAUUGUAAUGGAUUUUUAGACUUUUGUCAGACAACUCAUUCCUAACCAAAAUGAAUGAAUGUCUGCAAUCCUUUAAAUAUUGUUUUCAUUUAUUUAUCUAUGCCAACAGCAUGUUGUUUUUGUAAAUUGGAUAAAGUUUAUUAACCGUUAGACAGACAUCUGUAAAACAGUUGGACAUUGCUGUCCAUUACAAUUUAAAUGUUGUGGCUGGGCAAUAGGGACGAUUUUAUGCUUUACAAUUAUUACCAUAUGCAUUUUUUUUGCCUUAAAUCAGUGUUUUAAGUCAUACCAUGUUUUCACUAUGACCUUAUCUGAGACAACAAUAUGUGACUCCAGCUUUGUUGAUCUCCUGAACAUGGUUUUUCUCAGGAGCAAACACAUCAAUCACGUUUUAAUCACGUCAUGCUAUUGCACAAUCUUCAUGGCGAAAAUAAAGAUUUA